AUGGCCUCACAUUCUCAGGUUUUCGUGGACGAUAAAUCGAGUGUUAAAAUCUUAACACUAAACAGAGCAAAGCAGCUGAAUGCUCUGUGCUCCAACAUGGUCACUCGGUUGCUGCAACUGUUCCUUGCAUAUGAAAAUGACCCUAAUGUGAAACUGGUCAUCCUAAAGGGUCAGGGAAGAGCCUUUUGUGCUGGUGGCGAUAUUCCACCUGUUGUUGAUGACAUCGUACGAGUAGGCAAAUGGAGACUCGGUGCCGAUUUCUUCUCAGAUCAAUAUACGCUCAACUAUGUCAUGGCCACGUAUAGCAAUGUUCAGAUUUCAAUUUUGAAUGGUAUUGUCAUGGGAGGGGGAGCUGGUGUCUCCAUCCAUGGUCGAUUUCGUAUUGCAACUGAGAAAACGGUUUUUGCCAUGCCUGAGACGGAACUGGGGCACUUUCCAGAUGUAGGCGCCUCAUACUUCCUGUCAAGGCUCCCUGGUCUUUUUGGAGAGUAUGUUGGCCUCACAGGAGCUAGGUUAGAUGGCGCUGAAAUGCUUGCUUGUGGGCUUGCAACUCAUUUUGUGCCUUCGUCGAGGUUGGCUGCAUUAGAAACAGAUCUAUGCAGAGUUGGUUCAACUGAUCCAGUUACCUUUGCCUCGACAAUUCUCAAUACAUACACUCAACAUCCGCACCUGAAACAACAUAGCGCAUACCACAGGCAAGUGUUAGAUGUUAUUGAUAGGUGCUUCUCAAGAAAAACUGUAGAGGAGAUUAUAUCUGCACUUGAGAGAGAGGUCAUUCAGGAGCCAGAUGAAUGGAUUUCAGCUACCAUUGGAGCUUUGAAGAAGGCUUCACCAGCAAGCCUUAAAAUCUCUCUUAGAUCGAUAAGAGAAGGACGGUUUCAGGGGGUGGGGCAGUGUCUUAUCCGUGAGUAUAGAAUGGUGUGUCAUGUGAUGAAAGGAGAAAUAAGCAAAGAUUUGGUGGAGGGUUGCAGAGCCAUAUUGAUAGACAAAGAUAGGAACCCAAAGUGGGAGCCACGGCUAUUAGAACAGAUGACGAAUAACAUGGUAAACCAGUACUUCAAGAGAAUGGAUGAAGAGGAGGGAUGGGAGGAUCUAAAGCUUCCACCAAGGAAUAACUUGUCUGCUUCAAUAAUCGCAAAGCUGUGA